AUGCCUACAAGACUAUCCGAAGCUAUCAAGCAGGACCACAGGAGAAUCGAACAGGCAUAUCGAUACACCCUUACUGCAUCUACUCAGGAAGACAAGCUUCGUUGGCGAAACGAGCUGGCCCUCGAGCUCGCACGACACUGCAUUAGCGAGGAGCAGAUACUCCUGCCAGCACUCAAAGUCAAACUUUUCGACGGUCCCUCGAGAUGUGAUAAGAACCACACCGACCGGAUGAGCCUGAAGGAGAAGAUCUGCAAACUGAAGGCCAUCCCCGUUGACGACCCAAGCUUCGAAGCCGAGCUCAAAAGCCUGUGGGUUGACAUGGCAGCCCACGUCCGCGACACUGAUCAUCAAGACAUGGUUCGAUUAGAAGAGUGUCUCAGCAUCACUGAGUCCGAGCAGCUCGCGGAGGAGUUUCGGAACACCAUGUUCUUCGCGCCGACACGAAGCAACCCAUCUGCAUCACACGGACCUCCGGCAAAGUUGAUAACCGAUUUUCUGGCGACGAAAGAAGGAACUAUCACCAACAUGGACCCAAUUGUCGGUGGAACCCAAUGA